AUGGACAAUCCACCAGUAUCAAUUGGAAACACUACAAAAAAAUAUGAUGAAAUGAGAAAUUUGGAUUAUUCAGAUUUGCAUAUACAAACGAAAAUAAUUGAAAAUAUUGACGGAGAAAAUAGUGAUAAAAAUUCUGAUGAUUCAUUUCCAGAUUAUGAAGGCGAAAAUAGGGAAACAGAAGAGUACAACAAUGAAAGUGUAUCAGAGAAAUAUGAAAAAAAAUUCGAAGGCGAUUUAAUGAGUAGCGAUGAAUACGCAGAAUCAUCAGCACCAAGCAAUUAUGGAAAAUAUAAAGACAUAAAUCCAGAUGAUUUAAUAUCUUUUUAUGAAAAAGAGAGCAAUGAAGAUGUAAAAGGCGGUGAAUGUAUUAAAUCAAAUAAAAUUGAUCACUAUUUAGACAAAAAUUAUAAAGGAGAAAUAAUAAUUGAUGGAAAAAAUGAAGUCAAUGAAUUUUUACUUGUAUCUAGAAUGGCAUACUAUGAUAUAGUAAAUCAAAGUAAAGAUAAAAUUUAUGAAAAUAAAGAAAAUAAUCCUUUAUACUUUUUAAAAGAUCAGACAAGCAAAGAAUGUACAAACGAAGACGAUUUUGAUGGCGAACAUGAUAGUGAGUCACUAUUGAGGAGCCCGAAAAAAAAACUUAAUAAUAACAAAGUUAUUGAAACUAUUCGCAAUAAUGUGAAUGGUUCGAAGUAUGAAGGGGAAAACGCGCUUAAUACAAACCAAGAAAACAUUGAUAAUAUUCAAAAGCAAUGCGCAGAGAAUUCAUCUGAAGAAUCGGAGUGUGAAACGAAAAGUAUUUGCUCAUUUCAAAAUGGAAAGGAUGAAAUUACAAAUGAUGAUUCCAGUGACAAUAGUCAAAAUGAAGUACUUGAUGAUGAAGCUCCGAAAAAAUGUGAUAAUGGAGAAAAAAAAAUGGAUAAAAUUCGCUCUCAUUUAUUACCACAUACAGGCAAAUACGAAAAAGAGGACAGAAUACGAUUAAUGGGGAUUCCUGAAUAUGUGCAAAAGGGUUUAAAAAUCGAAAAAAUUGGAAAAUUAAUUAAAAAAGAUAAUGAUAUAUUAACAAUUCAUUCUUUGAAUUUCAAAUAUUAUUUAAGUGCUGCAUCUGUUUUAUGUUUAGAAAAUCGUAAAAUAAUUGGGUGCAUUGUUGACGUAUGUUCAAAUGAAACAGAAGUAUUUUAUUCUGUAAAAUUAGUUUUCCCAAGUUUAGAAGAUGAAAUAAAAGAAAACAUAGAUAUAUAUGCCGAUUUAAAACAUUCUUUAUAUAUUAAUGUCGGCACAGGUUUAUGUUCAGAAUUAUUUAAAGUACUAAAAAAUAAAUCCGUACCAUAUAUUUUUAUUAAUUAUAAUGAUCUUUACAAUAUUUCAGAGACACAAUUAUUGGAAAAUCAUGCAGAUACUAAUCCAUAUAAUAGCAAUAAUAAUCCAAAUGAUAAUAAGGGGCAUAAUGGAAAAUGCGAUGAGCGAAAUAAUAACAAAGAUAAGAAUAAAAAAAAAAAUUUCAAAGGGCAAAAUAAAAAUUUGCAAAUAUAUAAUAAUAGUAAAAACAAUCGAAAGAACAAUUCAAAUAAUACAUUCAAUACGAAUAAUGAUAAUAAUAAUAAUAUUAUAACAUAUGAAACAAAUGGGAAAAUAAACCAUCCAAGAAAAUACAAAAAAGGGAAAAUUUCCGGCAAUGCGCCACCCUAUUCUCAAAAUGUGAACUUAAAAUUUAAAAAUUUAUCUUAUGUAAAUAAUAGCAAUAUUAGUGAAGUGGGAAAUAUGAUAAACAAGAGGAGUUAUAAUAAUCUCAAUAGUAAUAGUAAUGUAAAAAAAAAUAACACCUACAAUAUUGGAUAUGAUAAUAAUCCUAACAAUACAAAUUACAUGUAUCCCAAUAAUUCAUUAAAUAACUAUAUGAAUAAUAUUGCGAAUGGUAAUGUUAAUAAUUCAGAAAAUGUGGGCAAUCUAAAUAAUAGUAAUAAAAAUGAAUAUAAUGUUUUUCAUAAUCCUAAUGUUGCACAUAAUUAUAAAAAACACAAAAUGCGUAAUUACAAUGUUAAUUAUGCUAAUAUAUAUAAUAAUCACCAAAAAAAUGCAAAUAUGGAAUACUCCAACAAAAGCUCAAAUCAUAUUCACCCUCAAAAUUAUUAUGAUAUUCAUAGAACAAAUUUUAUCAAUUUUAAUAAUCCCCCGAACUUAGAUGACAAAAUGCAAAACACCAUUUAUCUUCAACCUAUGGAACCAGGCUCAAGUUCCUACAUCAAUAGGCCAACAAAGAACUGGAAUAAUGAUGUUAUUUCUCAUACGAAAUAUAAUGAUAAUUAUACCAAUUAUAAUAUUAAUGGGCAAGGUAAAUACCGUUAUAUAUCACAAAACUUAUAUAAUAAUAAUAUUCCUCAAGAACCAAUCAAUAAAACAAUGUUCAAUAAUAACAAUGAUAUUCCAUCAAAUUUUAAUUCUAUCAAUAUUAACAAUUUGUAUAAUUACAAUGAUUUUAAUUCAAAGAAUUAA